CGCCCCGCCCCCGCCCCCGCCCUCCGCCGCCGCUCCCCCGCGUUGCGUUGCCACCAAACCCGCCGCCGGCCGCCGAAGCAGCUAGCUAGCUCGCCCGCUCGCCCCGGGAGGACCGGAUCGCCCUCCUCCCCGCCGCCGCGCCCGAUCCGGCCGCGGCCCGCUUUUCCGUCCCAGAUCUUACCGGCGUCCGGCCCUCUCUCUGUUCCCUGUCCGUCUCGAUCCCCAAAUCCGUCGCCCCGCGCGCGUCAGUCCAGUCUCCGAUCCCCCUCCGCUCCGCUGGUACUGGACUGGCGUGGAGCGGAUAAGAUCCGUCCCGUCCGGACGCGGUUCCCGUCGCUGGCAGAGGCUGUGCGAAGGUGGUGUUGGAUUAAUUUACUGUCUGGCUAAUUAUGCUGCCCACUUAUGACUUUUGCUUCUGUUUGCCCACGUCACUCCUUAUCACUCAUUGUCAGUGAUCUUUAAAUAGUUCCCACCUCAACUACAAAAGAAGCAGCUAUGCGGCUUUCUUCUUCUCUUCAAGAUUUGCCAACUUUCUCCAGAAUUGAAACUUUAGAAAGGGGCUCUAGCAUUGGUGGUGAUCUGAGCUCAGGGCAUGCGAAGCCUGUCCGCACGCUUCAAAGAGAAGGUCCUGUAGCAAGCUUUUCCAAAGAGAGAACGCCCCCAUCGUCACCAACAAAUCGAAAGAAAUGGAUGAGAACAGUUGCUUGGGCUGUUGGUCUGAUCCUAUUGGUGUGCUUCAUAUAUGCUUCUUUGAGAUAUUUCCAUGUCUUUCUCUCAGAAGGUAGCUCUGAAUACUAUGUGAUUCUUGAUUGUGGCAGCACUGGUACAAGAGUGUAUGUUUACGAGUGGUCCAUCAAUCAUAAUGAUGGAAAUUCAUUUCCUAUUGCUUUGAAACCUUUAGGAAAUGCUCCUAAGAAAAAAUCUGGUAAAUUAAUCGGGCGUGCCUAUCAACGAAUGGAAACUGAACCUGGGUUGAGCAAGCUUGUUCACAAUGAAACUGGUAUGAAGAAGGCAAUAGAGCCCCUCCUUCAAAUGGCUGAGCGGCAGAUCCCAAGACGCGCACACAAGCACACUCCUGUUUUUCUAUAUGCCACAGCUGGUGUCCGCAAGCUACCCACUGCAGAUUCAGAGUGGCUUAUGGAUAAGGCUUGGGAUGUUCUGAAGAAUUCAUCAUUUUCUUGUAGUAGAGACAGAGUUAAGAUCAUCAGUGGCAUGGAAGAAGCUUAUUAUGGAUGGGUAGCUCUUAACCACCACCUGAACAUGCUUGGCACUGCAUCUUCUGCUUCUGAAAUGACUUAUGGUUCACUUGAUUUAGGCGGAUCAUCAUUACAGGUGACAUUUGAGACUGACAAAGCCGUCCAAGGUGACACAGGUGUUGGUCUGACCAUUGGUUCUGUCAAUCAUCAACUUAGUGCUUAUUCUCUUUCUGGUUAUGGAUUAAAUGAUGCAUUCGAUAAAUCUGUGGCACAUCUGGUGAAGAUGCUGGGAGGAACAGCUGGUAAUGGCAAAGUUCAGGUCAAACAUCCUUGUCUACAAACUGGAUACAGGGAAGAUUAUGUUUGUUCUUACUGCCAGCCACUCAAACAAGAUGGAAGUCCCAGUGUUUCAGCAAAGACAACAGGAAAAGAGAAGCAGGGAACAGCUGUUGAACUCAUCGGGGCUCCUCAGUGGAAAGAAUGUAGUGAUCUUGCAAAAGUAACAGUGAAUCUUUCAGAGUGGUCCAAUUCAAGUUCUGGAUUUGAUUGCAACCUUCAACCCUGUGCUCUUGCCAAUACCUUUCCACAUCCACAUGGGCAGUUUUAUGCAAUGUCUGGUUUCUAUGUGGUCUUCAAAUUUUUCAAUUUGACUCCUGAUGCUACUCUCGUUGACGUUCUAAAAAGAGGUCAGGAAUUUUGUGAAAAACCAUGGGAUGUUGCAAGGAGUAGUGUUCCACCACAGCCUUUCAUAGAGCAGUACUGCUUCAGGGCUCCUUAUAUUACGUCACUUCUGAGAGAGGGACUGCAGAUCAAAGAUAACCAAGUGAUAAUUGGUUCAGGUAGUAUCACUUGGACUCUUGGUGUUGCUUUGCUAGAGGCUGGGCAGGCACUGUCAAGGAUGGAUAUUCAAGGAUACAUUUUACUGCACCGGGAGAUAAAUCCAAAUAUUCUUAUUGUAUUGUUUCUGAUUUCAAUCGUGUUGGUCAUAUGUGCAAUAUUGUGUGUUAGCAAUUCCAUCCCAAGGUCAUUCCGCAAAUCCUAUUUGCCGCUUUUUAGGCCGAACAGCGGAGGUAGUUCUGCGCUUGGUAUGGGAUCGCCUUUCAGAUUCCAUUUAUGGAGACAUAUUAAUUCAGGUGAUGGGAGAACAAAGACACCAUUGAGCCCUACUGUCGCUGGGUCAGAGCCCCAUCCAUUCAGCAUGACUCAUGGAUUAGGAGGCAGCAGCGUCCAGCUUAUGGAAUCUUCCAGGCAAUCUUUGGGUGUAUAUCAUAGCUAUUCAGUUGGGAGCUUGGGUCAGAUGCAGUUUUCUAGUGGAUUACGGAACCCUACCAGAGGUCAGACAACACUUCAGAGCCGGAGAUCCCAAUCGAGAGAAGAUCUCACGUCUUCGUUAGCUGAUCUUCAUAUUCCAAAGGUGUAGAGCAUUACAUUUCAGGAUGGCAUGACUAGUAUGUGAUCCCAUGCCAUAACAGACUCCAUGUAAAUAAUAGCUCCAGACUGCUUGAUUUCUUCUUGUCUAGCCAGAAGGCAAUUUUGUCGGCACACUGACAAUUCAAAGGUUUAGGAUUCACAAAAUUUAAAGUAUAUGACUUGGUGCCUCGUGGACAUGAUACAUCCAUCCCCUACAAUGCAAUAGAAUCAUGCCAUAAAGAAAGAUGGUCUUGCAAGCAGCUGGGUGUUGUACCAGAAGAAAUGUUACAUGGUUUGCCGAUGCGAUUGGCCAUGGCCUGCAAGGUCACCACUCACCAGCUCAGUUCUUUGGCCCCAAACAUCAAGGCUACCAGAUCAUGAUAUUGCUGCAACCAUCCGGGACUCAUAUACUCUUCAAAGGUUCUUAAUUAUUACAGUAUUAUUUUAGUUUUAUACACAUAAUAAAGAUAGCUAUGUUCUUGCGUACUAUCAUUGAUGUAUCAUCUUGUCAGCCUUCUCCUCUUUUCCUUGUAACACCAUUUGGUACGCAAUCUUGGAUGUCAAAUGGAAAUUGAGCUCAUCGAUCCGUAAUUUGAUUGCCCUUAUUUAGAUGGAAAUUGGGACCAUCGAUCA